UCAGAAAAGAGCGUUAACGUGUCGUUUUAUUUUUAAACUCUGUUUCUUACCAAUAUUUGUAUUUAUUAUAUUCACAACGGCAACUUUCUGUUUGCUCGCUUCGUUGAAUUUAACCUGAUUUUUCCAUCAAGAUCAACGAAGCUAAACUAAAACCUUAGUGUGAGUAACCGCUCAGUGGCGCCUUGUUUGAACCAGGACCCGAACCAGGACCCGAACCUCGGCUUCAAACAUCAGUGUCAUCUGUCAAAAUCAAACUCUAGCCGGGAAAGUGGGGUCUGCUGUGAGGAGAGGGAAAUUCAUUUUCCUGCUCAGGUCACUGUAAGAUCGCUGCUGCUAAAACAGUAACACGCCGAACUGAAAAGUGACUUUUAAAACAGCAGAGGAGGGAAAUGAGUCAUUCUACAACAGAACGGAACAUUUGCCAAUAAACAAGGUGAGUUUGUGCUGACGGAGCUUCAGGUGUGGACUGACUGCAGUACCAGCCAUGCUGCUGCCUCUCCUGGUGCGUCCGUCCCUCCGUCCCUCUCAUGCCUCAGUGCUGUUAACACAAUGCGUCCGGACGCUGCGCUGCCACGCUGGCAGGACGCUGCACUCUCAGACCGAACACCUCCUGCGACGGAGGCUUCCUCUGCACUUCCAGAGCCGAGGCACCAAGAGCCGUGGCAGGAAGACCAGGAGCCAGGAGGAGGACUGGAAGACCAGGAACAAGACGGUGCUGACGUACAUCGCUGCUGCCGGAGUGGGGAUGAUCGGCCUGUCGUACGCUGCAGUGCCGCUCUACAGACUCUACUGCCAGGCGUCAGGGCUCGGCGGCACGGCGGUGGCCGGCCAUGACACGGGUCUGGUGGAGACGAUGAAGCCGGUGAAGGAGCGGGUCCUGAAGAUCACCUUCAACGCUGACACACACGCCAGCAUGCAGUGGAACUUCAGACCGCAGCAGACCGAGAUCUUUGUGGUUCCAGGUGAGACAGCGCUGGCGUUCUACAGAGCCAAGAACCCCACAGACAAACCUAUCAUCGGCAUCUCCACCUACAACGUGGUACCCUUCGAGGCAGGGCAGUACUUCAACAAGAUCCAGUGUUUCUGCUUCGAGGAGCAGCGUCUGAACCCUCACGAGGAGGUGGACAUGCCCGUCUUCUUCUACAUUGACCCGGAGUUUGACGAGGACCCCAGGAUGGCCCGAGUGAACACCAUCACCCUGUCCUACACCUUCUUCGAGGCCAAGGAGGGUCAGAGUCUCCCUCUGCCCGGAUACAGCUACAACUGACCGGAGCACACCAGCACCACUGAGAGGACCGUGAAAUACUGGAGCUGGAUGUUUUGGUUUCUGUCCCAGUCUGAGAAAACACCAAAUGGAAACGAGUAUAAGAAGUAAGAAAAGAAGAAAUAAUCCAAGACACUUUUCUGUGACUCUGAAGUGUGUUCUUCAGUGUAUCAGUCCAGUUUCUUUCAUCAGCCUCUAACAGAGAAACUGAACACCUGGUUUUAUUAAAAGACGGAAAAUGUUUGCUGUAAAUCGUGUUGUCCUCAGUGCAGCGUCUCUUUUGUCUUGGACCUCAGAACACAACAGAAAAAUAGGACUCAAAAGAAAAUCAGUGAUGAGUUUGCUGAUCCUCGAAACGUCCUGAAUCAGGUUGAUCUCAGUCCUUCAUGUGAGGAAACAGAGUUUUUAGCCUCGUUAGAAGAGACGAGUUCCUUGGAUCCGUUUUUCUACUUUUCACGUCACUUGUGUUCGAUGCGUUUGAGACACUGAGGACAGGUGUGUGUGUGUGUGUGUGUGUGUGUGUGUGUGUGGUCUGAGGCCUGAGAGACUGUAAAUACAUCUGAAUAUCUCCAGUUAAUCUUACAGCUGAUAAUGAAUCAAUAAAUUAUGGUUUGCAUUAAAUUAUGUUUUUUUUCUUUAGUUUUUUUGUUUCUCAUUUUGUGACGGAGAACACGACAGAACUCCACCCGAAGUUUGUUUAGUUCUAUGAUGAGUUUAUUUAUCUCCACAGAACAAAAUCAGGAUAAACGUUUACUAUUUUUUAUUUAUCUCUGUUUGUCCUUGAUUUCCCACAUUUUAACAAACUUUUAUUUUUCUUCUGUGUUUUGAUGAUUAAUGAUCACAGAAAGGUUCUUGCACAGCAUCAGCGCCCAGUGACAGGUUCUGUCUCUGUGACAUGAAUAAUGAGUAAAUUGAAGCGUUUCAGUGAUGGAUGGUGUCGACAGGUGAAGCCGUGUCUCUGUUUCACACCACAACACAACUUUUAUUACUGCAUGUUUGUUUGUUGGUUGGUUGGUUUGUUUGUUGGUUUGUUGGUUUGUUUGUUUAUUGGGAGUGCUGCCUUUUGUCCUGACUUUGUUCUGUGGAAACAAAAACAUGACACAGGAGAAGCAAGCCUGUUUCCUGUUGAGGAAUGUUUUUGAUUUUAGAUUGGAAGUUUUUUCGGACACCAGGGGGCAGCAGAGGACAGAAAUCCGAUGAUCUGUAACUCUGCUUUUAAAUGUUCUGAGUCUAAAAUCCUGCUGGUUUCUAAACAACAACCACAGAGGAUAAUGUUGUGUUUGACAUUUAAAAAGAAGCAGCUUCCUGAACUGAUUAAAGAUCAUUGAAUAAAAGUCGGUGUAAAU